AUGAAUAAUCUAGCCCAGCUUGAAGAGGAAGAUGGUUCCACUAAAAAUACUACACGUGAAAUUAAAGCGGUAAAUACGACCAUAAAAGCUGUAUUGGGGAACCAAUUGGUUCGCUCAAAUUCAAGUCCAAUAGUCUAACCUUUAAGUGGCAAGACCUUCAAAAUUGGAAUUUGUGGUGGCCAUUCUUCAGGAAAAGCCUUGCUAACUGAAAAAUUGAUGAAUUAACUACAACAAUUAGGAUUUUAAGUGAGUGUGGUUAAAUAAGAUAAUUUUGAUGUUGAUAGCAACGAUUUUGACAAUUACAAGUAGAACUCUGAUGUUCUCAAUAAUGUUCCCUAUGUUAAUAAUUAGGAUUAUUAAAAGUUUUUGUCAACAGCCAUCAAGACUCUCUUAACCACAAGGGAUAAGAAUGUAAUUAUAAUUGAAGGAACUUUAAUUUUUUAUGACAGACAACUUAGAGAUUUGCUUGAUUUAAAGAUAUUCUUGCAUCAUGAUCAGGAUGUGAGACUAUCUAGAAAAAUUUAUAAGGAAGUGUGUGCGAAAGGCAAAGAUGUGGAAAAAGUCAUUCACAAUUAUUUGAAUAGAUUGAAGCCGCUUUAUGAAUCAAUUAUUAAGCCCACUGAAUAAUAUGCAGAUAUUAUUGUACCGAAAUUCGGAGGAGAGUUUACCUUGAAACCAUAAGAAAAUUAGGGUGAAACUUAAUAAAUGCAUGCAGGCUUUAGCCAAUUUAAUCCAAAUAUCUUAAACUUACUUAUAGAGAUUACAAAGGAAAAUAUUCUAGGAAGUGAUAAAUUAGAUAAGCUAGAAAAACUUGACAAGAUUUAAGCAAGUUCAAAAUGAUUUCAUUGAUUGUUAAUUGAAAAAUUAAUCUGGUAUUCUAA